AUUCAAAAAACAAGAAACACAAAUUGAUUGCAAGCAUACCACAUAACCUCAAAUACCUGAAAAAGUUUCUAUUAGCUGGUCGAAUUGCGAAUUAAAAGAAAUCAUGUCGGACGAAGAAAAUAAAAUGGGUUUGAAUUAUGUGUUUGGACAAAUUGCUUUGAGCGAAGAAAACUAUUAUUUUGCGUACACUCAACUUGAAAAACAUUCCCGUUGUUUUGAAAAACACAUCGUAAAGUUGACUGAAAUAAUUGGGCAAAAAGAAAUAGAUGCGGGUGUUCGCAAACAAGCCGCAUUGGAAUUCCUACGACGAUGCUCGAGUGAUAAUGCUUCUCUAAAAAAUUAUAUCGGUUUGAAAUAUUCCCAAAUGGAAGAAACCCAUCGCAAACAACUAGUCAAAAACCUGAAAUUCGCAAUGGAAAACGUUGAUCUAGAAAGUUUGGUAGAGAUUGUCUGCGAAUGUUGGGGUGCAAUGAUUGAACUGGAUGGAAAUUUGAGAAAGAUCGAUAUCUGCGAGCUAUUAAAGGAAUCAUCAAACAUUCACCAAAAUGCAGCGAAAUUAUUGGCAAGAGGAUAUUCUUUGAAGGAAGAUCAACUUGAACACAUUUUUGGAACAAUCGUAAGAUAUCUCGAGGAAUGGAAGGGUCAUGAUAAGGAUAACGGAACCCUGAAUUUAGCUGCACUCACAGUGUUGAACAAGGCAUUUGAAUUCGGAAGCUUUCGUACAACUUUCCGAAAAUACGCUGCCAAAAUAUUGGAUGCAAUUUGCCAAUUCAUAACUGAACCAAUACGAACACCAGCACCAGCCCUUGUGGUAGAAUCAGCGUUGAAGUUUUUCCAAAAGUAUGACGAAAAGGUAGAAAAAAAUAAAAGUUUGAUAGAUGUCAUCAAUUGUGUGUUCAAAACAAAAAAUAUUGCAAAUUGUAAAAUCGCCAUUGGUAUUUUAAACCAUCGUUGUGAUAGUAUUAAUGAUGAUCAAACGCGAAAGGAAUUUCUUGGUAAUUUCACAUACAGUUUUCAAUUGGUUCUGGAAAACGAAGAAAUGGUUGAAAUAUCGCAAUCGGUAAAAGAGUUGUUGAAGAAAAUUGAUUGGUAAUGUACAAUUUUGUAAUAGAAAUUCUGUUAAAAGUGCUCUUAAAACUUCGCUUAAUGUAUUGAUAAUGAAACCGAGUAUUUUGAUUUAUUUUUAACAACAUCCAAUCGACUGAUGAAAAGCGAAUGUUUUGUCACAUAUCAAAACCAUUUCCAAUUAGUCUAAACAACUCAAAUUAUGUCAGGGAACAACAACGCACUUACGCUAAAUACAUAAGAAACAAAUUGAACCAUUCAGUGCCUCAAAUAAAGAAUAAAAUAAACGAAAUCCAAAACAAA